GGUUUUCUUUUUUAAAUUCUUAUUAUUUUUCUUUAGGUUUGCUUGCUUUGCUUAGCUGAUCCUCUUCUUUGCUUGCGACAUUUUCCUUCUCUUAUUUUCUCAGGAAACAAACAGGAAAUUAGAGUUCUUGCUCUGAAAUCCAAUGACUUUUUAUGAUGAUACUAUUAAUAUUGAGGGGGGAGAGGUGGUGCCAGAGCUGAAACUAAGAGUUGAGGGCGACGAUGGUGUUAACGGAAAAGGGGAAACUUUGAGACAACGAUUAUUAGAAGAAUGUGAAGCAGGAGAGAGGGAUUUGUCUGUGCAGGAGCCAGGCUUUUGUUCUUUACGGGGAAGGUCUAUUUGGUUUUGGAUCAAGUCGGGGAUUCUGUUUACAUUUAUAGGGUUAUUGGCUGCUGUUUUCUUCAAAUGGGUUGGUCCCUUUUUAAUGGAUAAGGAGCUAAUGCCUAUUAUAAAUUGGGAGAUGACAACCUUUAGCACUCCAGUGCUGGCAGUUCUAGUCUUUGCUUCUGUGGCAUUGUUCCCUACAAUACUCCUACCUUCUACACCAUCUAUCUGGGUGGCAGGGAUGACUUUUGGUUAUGGUUUUGGAUUUCUACUAAUCAUAUCAGCAGCUGCUGUGGGGGUAUCACUUCCAUUCUUUAUUGGCUCUCUUUUCCUUCACAGAAUUCAAGGUUGGUUAGAAAAAUGUCCCAAGAAAGCUGCCAUUCUGAGAGCAGCUGGAGAAGGAAAUUGGUUUCAUCAGUUUAAAGUUGUAACAUUAAUCAGGAUCUCUCCAUUCCCAUAUAUAAUAUAUAACUACUGUGCGGUGGCAACACAUGUUAAGUACGGUCCUUACAUCUUGGGAUCUUUAGUAGGAAUGGUGCCAGAAAUUUUCGUUGCAAUAUACACAGGUAUCCUCAUACAGACGUUGGCAGAUGCUUCACAAGAGCGACACAGCCUAUCGGCUCCGCAGAUAUUGUUAAAUGUUGGUGGUUUCCUUUUAACAGUGGUGACAGCAAUUGUUUUCACGGUUUAUGCUAAAAGGAAACUAAAAGUGUUGCAGGGUGAAGAAUUGGUAUUGCUGUAAGCUGUAGCUUGGUUUAAGAGGACAUCAAUCUCAUGUGUAGGGCUGGAUGAGGUAAAUAAUUUAUUGAACUACUUCAUCCGUAUGAGGAAAUGUGACGCGGGAAAACCAAACCAAGACAAAAUUCUAACAUCUUACUGAAAAGGAUGUUUCAUUCUUCCAUUUUUAUAAGACUUUAAUCUUGUCUUCCUCUCUCUCACACGUAAUUGAGAUUUGUAUAUGAAUGGAAUUUGUCUCUAUGAAAGUGGACCAAGGCAAUAUUGUUGACAUUAUUAUUAUGUACAUGAUUCAACUUCGUUUUCGUGUUGACUUGCUGGAUAUUUUAUUCUUCAGAAU